ACAUGUCCGAGGCGCUGGAGGGGGACGUGGAGGAGCUGGAGAAGGCAGUCAUCCACCUGGAAAAGCUCUGCCCAGCUCGGAUGCAUGACAUGGGCCCAGAGAUCCAGGGGACACUGCAGGCCUGGGAGGAGCUGCAGAAGCUGGUGCUGGAGAACAAGGGCCAUGUGCAACGGGCCGGUCGGCUGCAGCAGUUCUUCAGGGAUUACUUAGCCAUGAUCUCCUGGACAGAGGACACAAGGGCUCAGAUCUUUUCAGAGAGCGUGAGUGCUCAUGGGCUCCCGGAGACUCAGUGGGAAGAGCUGGAGAGGAAAAUUGAGGCCAAGUUCAAGGAGUUUGAGGAGCUGGCAGCGGCAGGGCAGACGCUGGUGUCCGAGGAGCACUACCUGAGUGAGACGAUAAAGGAACGCCUGGAGGAGCUGCAGAGCAUGCUGGGAUGGGUGCUGGUGCGCUGGCGAGCACAGAAACACCACUGGGAUGCUGGGAACAAGAGUGAUGGCAAAAAGGGCCAAGACGAUCCCCUGGACUCUAUGCUGAGUGUGUCCCCCAGCUGCCAAGACCCAUGCGCCCAAGCAGCUGUGCCCGAAGCAGAUGGCAUCCUGGGCCCUAUCACUUCUAAAGGCCCUCAGCCCACAUUGUGCUCCCUCACCCCACCGCAGGGACCCGGGACACAGCUCCAGAGGCGAGAGAGAGAAGUGGCCUCUCCUUCCGCCCCAUCUAUCCCAGAUCCCCUCCAAGGGCUGGAGCAGAGUUGGGAAGAUCCUGGUGACUCCACCCCAUUGGAGGUGGAAACCCCCAAGGAGACUCUAGUUCUGGAUCCCUCAGAGACCCCAGUGCUGCUGGUGCCGCAGCCUGGGCCCAGCAGCCUGGGCGGGACAGUCAACUUGAUCCUGAGUAUUGGCAAGAAGGGAGAGAAGAAACUGCAGCUGGCGCAGCCUGGAGCGAUGCCGGGGGAAGAGUCCCUGCACAGGCUCCCUGGCACUAAACCCUCAGGCUGUAAAACCUUUUGGAAGCGUUGCCAGGGGCUUUUAGGAAACACUUUGGGUAGUUUAAAGCGAAAGAAAAAGCUGUCUCGCCGGCCCGUGGAAGAGGUGAGCACCUAUCUGCAUGUGAAAGAGAAAGAGGGGGAUCGAGAUGCCACCCGCAGGAGCUCGACCAUGCCACGGCCAACCAAGCGAGCGCCCACAAUAGCCCAUGCUUCCCUGGUCCCAAGCCCUGGGCCUGAGGCUGCCUUCCACACCCUGCCCAAGAUCAGCUCCAGCUCCCUCCUCAGCAGCCUGAAGAGAAAGGGUCAGGCAAAGGCAGAGGAUGCUCAGCUGUUCACGCCGCAGGGCAUCAUGGGAGCAGGUCCCAGCAGGCUGCAGCCUUUGCUGGAGGAGAAGCACAAUCCCAGCAACACUUGGCCUCCCAAGUGCAGCAGUGGGAAGAAGUUGGCAGGGAGGCCUCCAAGCCCCAGGCUCGGGCAGCUGUUGGACCUUGUGAAGAACCCGCUGGGGAGGGCCAUUGAGGCAGAAUGUGGCAUUGUCAGGGCGGCAUCUGGUGGCCCCAAAGCUGAAUUCCUGAGCCAAGCCCGGGGGUCCAGCAGUUCCCAACCGGCGGUGGCAAAGAGUGCUUGCCGGCACCUUUCCCUGGGGUCUGUAUUGAGCUUGGAGCUGCCGAAGGACCUUGGUCUCCUUGGUAACGUCCAGGACACCAUUAAAGUAGCACAGAAGGAGAUGCCAGGAAGGGAGGAGGCGAGGCAGGACGGGAGGGUGAUUCCGUGGGACACCAGUCGGGCAGAGAGGGAGGCGAAUGGGGCCAGCCCGCAGAAGGAGACACUGAACCAGCCGCUGGCCACAUGCCAAAGGCCCAGCGGGCCAAGGGAUGCUUUCAGGAAGGCUCCUAAAAGCGAGGGAGGCACCUGGUUCGAAGAGGUGAGCUUCAACCCAAGCUACCGCAGGCCAAAGGCGCACGGCGUGGGUGCCAUCCCCUGUGGGGAGGAGCGAUGGACUCCCAGGAGCCAGGGCAGUGAUGAUUUCCUGGACUUCAGACUGAACCGGCUCUCCCGCAUCAGCGUGCUGCAUGAGCAGAUUGGGCGCGAGUGGGACAAGCUGGCGGCCACGCUGGGCACGUCCAGAAGCGCGAAGGCCGAGAAGCCAGCAGGCUGCAAACCCAGACUCGGAGAAGCAACUAAGGCAGAGCUCAGGCCUUCUCCCACUAAGCACACGAGUGGUGCCGGAGGAGCCCCCAGCACAGGCAAACCAGAGCAUCCUGCAGUGAAUGGCAAGCUAAAGAAAGAUCCCCCAGAGCAUCGUCUAGAGCCUGCCCCCUUCCAGGAGGCCACGGAGGAAAGCCUGAUGGCACGCUCUGGACGGUGUACAAACCUACCGACCCUGCUGUCUGUGUCUGAGUGCCAGCUCGGUGCCCAGCCGCGUGGCCUGGCGUCAGCAGGGUUAGACUGCCAGGGCCUGGCUCCAGACAGAAGGGCGGCCGGAUCAGGGCUGUCCAAAGGGGCAAAGCUCCCAGGCUCAGCCGAGGUUUGCCACCCCGACCACGAGCUGUUUGAAGAAGAGGAGGAGGAGCUGCAGGCCAUCUGGAGGAACGUGGAGGGGCGCAACGAGCAGAGCCCCUGUGCGGACAUUGAUGCCCACCCCACGUCGGGGAACAAGGCAGACAAGGCACAGAGCCCAGAGGUUUCCAGUGGGAGACUGAUCCUAACAUCAGCGAAUAACGUGCUGGUGGCCAAGUUCACCCUUCCCACCUCCACCCAACUCCUUCAGAGCCCAGACGGGGAAAGAGGCACCAGUGAUGGGCACGGUAGUGAGGGCAGCCCACGUGGGUUCUGGGCGUCCUUCCCCUGUCAAGACGAUCCCCAUGGGGCAAAGGAGGCUGCAUCCAUCGGAUCAGUGGAGGGCACCUGCCCACAGAACCGGCAGAAGCAUCAGGAAGAGGACAGAGACGUUGGCAAGACGCCCCCCAGUAAAGUGGAGUUUCAGAUGAUGGAAGGGACUCUGGAAAGGAAACACGUGUUGCAGACGGGAGGCAGAAAGGCAACCUGUCGCACCUGGAACCUGUUCCAUGCAGUGCUGAUGAGGCAGACACUGUGCUUCUACCAGGACAGGAAGGACACUCUCAAGAGCUCCGUGGUGGCCCUGCCCCUGAACCUCUCGGGAGCACAGUGCACCCGGGAAACAGAGUAUACCAAAAAGACCAACUGCUUCAGGCUACAGCUGCGGGACGGCUCUGAGUACCUCUUGAAAGCUCCAUCCCAGCUGCUCAUGAACCAGUGGGUCUCCAAACUGCAGCAGAAUUCAGGUUUCCCUGAAGUGGAUUAUUUCCAGGCACUCACGCAGCCUGCUGAAGGGACCAGCUCUGCUAUGGGACCCAGCAAGAUCUCUGGGCCUGGAAGCUCCAGCUCUUCCCACCUGCUGGGACAUCAUCAGCCUGUUACAGCCAAGAACCAAGAGAUCACACUGCUGCCCAGGUCAAGUGCCAGGCUGCAGCUGCCUUAUGGGACUCGGGAGGACACACUGGAUUCAGCAGCCUCACAAGCAGGAGAUAAUCACAAAGCCAUCAGCCACACGACAGGGCACAGGCAGUGCCAGUGGUUGCCUGCUGGGUCUCCAAGAUCCCAGGAUAACAGUUACCAGGAGGAGGAGGAGGCGGCGCUGGUGACACACAAGAGGAGGUCCCACUCGUUCACCUCAGCCACUUACCAGAAGAUCACGCCGGUGUCGGUGCCCAAGGAGCCCCUGGAGGCUGGGAGCAGCUACUCCAUCACGUUGUACAUCGGGGAGCAGGCGGUGGCCAUGCCCAGGGCUCGCUGUCACUCCUUCGUGGCCAGGCCAGGGAGCCCACGGGAAGGCACCCCCUCUCGCCACAAGAACAAAUCCGUCUUUAAGAAGUUCUUUGGGAAGAAAGAAUGAGCCCGCUGGAUUGGGGGGAUGCAGGUUGCAAGGGGGCUUGAGACUGCUGGUCUAUUAGCUCCCACUCGUGUGCCAUUCUAGCAGGACCUCUCCGCCCAGCACCUGUCCACAGGGCUCCCUCCCUCCCCAGGGCUGAUGGGAAUACUGAGGGGAGAGACACUGCUGCGCUGGGCCGUACCAGCCUAGGGGGCUGCCCCUCACCCACCCACCCACCCCUAAUGGGAGCGGCCGCCAGGGGCCAAGCUGCUCUGGCAGACACAGAGCAGGAAGGGGGUGCAUUGCUGUAUCUAUCAGAGCCCUCUCGCUGAGCUUGCAGGGACCAGUCUUUGUGUGCCAGUAGAGCUGAUGGAGCCCUGUGGGGGGGGGGGGUGUCGGGCAGCUGGUUCCC